CCCUCGCACCCUGUCAAGCACAGAACAACGCAGAAUCACUAAAAAUGUUCCUGGGUGUGCUGCUGCUGCUGCCUCUGCUGGCUGAGGGUUCGUUCCUCAACGACCUCUUCUGCAACCUGCCUGAUGCCUCCACUGAGAGCCUCAACAUCACCACGGCGGAGAAGACGUGGUACGCGCAGUACCAGUACAACAUCCCGGGUGCGUCGCUGCUCGGAUGCCUCACUGUGGUACAGUCUCCGGGAGACAGCAGCGACGAGAUGAACAUCAAUGGCACCUUCAGCAGCCUGCCUCUUCUUCCUUGGCAUGCUCUCGGCAAAUUCAACGGCAACCGCAUGGACAGCAAAGUGGACGGCAUAUGGGACCUUCCACUGAGCGGCCCGCAUAACAUCGUCUACACCGACGCCGAGAUCUUCAUAGAACACUUCUGCGUGGCGGGAGUCGAGACUUCGUUUAUUCUGACAACCGAAGAGACUCCCAGCGACGAAUUGGAAGCCAAGAUCUGGGAAAUCGUCGAGAAUCAUCCUGAGGUGAGCAAGUCGAGAUACGUGAAAGUAACCUGCUGACGACCUACGAGUGAAAUCUACGAAUGUACUUUUUUAUGACAAAUAAAUACUGAUUUCAGCAUA